AUUGAAGCUGUCGACCGUAAUCCUUACAAAGAGGAUCAACAGAUAUGCGCAGAGUACAACAAAGAUAAAAAAAAUCGUCGAUACAAGAUGAGGAUUUAUGUCCGCGGAAAGCCAAUAAUAGGAAUGACAGCUUUUUUUCUCGAGGACAGCAUUUCUAGUCUCUAAGUGUCUGGAACUUGAAGCCAGGUCAUAUGGAAGGAAUAGGAUCCAUUCGGCAUGUGCGAUCAGCCGGCCGCAUGGGCCAGCGGACCCAUUCAGCAACAACUGUCGGUUCAACAGACGACAACAUCUCUAUAAGUUCGGGUUACUCUUCGAAACGUUUUUAUGGAUCAAAGACCAGUGCUGACUAUUCGACCAUUCGGGCAGCCGCCGGAAUUUCCAGGAUGAAGAAUGCUCGUGGUCUUCGGAGAGGUUCCAUAUUUCCGAGUGAUAACAAUGGAUCUUCGGAAACGUCGUCUGCGAAGGGACAUCGAUUGAGUAUAUACUCUUUGAGUGAACUAGCCGAAGUAGGGAUCAAGAUGCGCAGGCGUCGACGUAGUACCAUGGACUCAUGGGGAAAGAACAGGACACCGGGAGAAACGGAAUACUUUGAUAAGCUUUUACCUCCAUUGGAGUUAUUUCGUCGAGCAGUGAAACUUGUCCAAAUGACGGCAUCACUAUGCCAAUACAAGUAUGAAAAGGAUAAUGAAGAAGAGACCCAGAUGACUCACACUGUUUUCACACAGUACAUCAAUGAACAAGAAAACCAAAUGGAAGCGGAACUUGCUUUUGAUGCUUCAUUUUUCAAAGCUAACAGAAAGAUGCGGGUUGCCGCUGAGGUGAAGUUAAUUUUAUCAAUUCAACCAGAACAGAGAACAGAACAGCAACUAGCAAAGGUUCUCUUCUCCCUGCGAUCAAUUCGAUCGUUUGCAGAAUAUCCUCAGAGAAUUCAGCAAAAGCUCGUCAAAGUUGGUUGGUUUGAAACGCACCAGACAAAGAGAGCAAUUCUAAGACAGGGUCACAUACCACAAGCUUUCUACUUUGUCCUCUCUGGUUCAGCUGUGGUUACGGUACUGGGAGAAAAUGAGAGCUUCGCAAGAACUGUUCAUUUCCUCAGACGUGGUGAUAGUUUUGGGGAGUUGGCUAUUCUACACGACACUCGGCGCCAGUCCACCGUAAUUUCGCGGGAACCUAUUGAACUGUUGGUGAUUUCUAAAGAGGACUUUGUGGACAUCUUCAUGUUAGCGGGUGGAAUUAAAAACAUAAACGACCCUGAUCAUCAAAAGUUUAUCAGGAGCAUAGACUUCUUGAGGGGGUGGCCAGUAGAGCUUAUGGCUUCAAACCCCAAAAAAUGCCUUUUCCACUUUUUUAGGAGUGGCUCUGUUCUUGUUAGAGACAGCAAUCAUUCGGACUGGAUAUACAUUAUAAAAUCGGGAAGCUGUCAGGUGUUGAAAAAACUAAGAGAAGUCAAGUCUUGUCUCACGCAGCACAACGACAGGGUUGUUGGAUUUGAAAACGUGAAGAGCCAGGUUCCUAAGGCCUCAUCACGUGACAAGUUAGAACGUGUCAAAGCAAAGCUGUCCGUAGUUACGCUUUUGUUACCCAAGAUGCGUCUCAGGUCUGGUAUCAUAACACACGAAAGUGACAACGAUGAUGACUCAGGAAACGAGGAAAAAACCGCUGAUGUAUUUGCAAUUGAUAAAGUAGCCGCGGCUCAGAAUUCAUUUGCAACAGGCAAUAACGAUAACAGCUAUCGAAAACCUCCCGACGAGAAAUCGAUCAAGUCCGUGGGUUUUCAAGUAGCAUCGCCUCCGAUCUCUAGAAGAAAAGGAGUUGUUAGUGCUCCAAAGACGUCCCUCGUUAAAUCAACCGAUGAACAAUCAAAAAAUCUAAAAAAUGUCAUUGAAUGGAAAAGAAAACUGUCAAGUGAACCUAGAGUAAUUCAGAGAAUUUCAAGUGAAACAAACCUUGUAGAUGACGUACAAUUGAGGAAACUGUCAAAUACUACCAUGGUAUUACCUAGACGACUACAGAAACGCAUGACUCCUGAUUACAGAGACAAAAGCAGCAACAUGCUUCCUUUACCAACAGUGGAAGAAGAAAACUCUUCUUCAUCUUCGGCGCCAUCGACCCCUCCUCGUCAAAGAAUCAGUUUGCAAGUUGAUGCGGGUGAUUACGAGCAGAGACCUAGGGCCGACUCUAACACACGACCCAGGACUCUCUCCAGCCCCUCGAGGCGUACGAGCAGAGUGAGAAAGUCCACUGUGAUUCCUCCCUCUGAAGAGCUGUCUGAAGAGGAAAAGAAACUUCCAUUGCACAAAAUUUCUGUUAUUGACGAGGGGGAACAAAGGCCGACUGAGGUUCGUAUCACAGAGGCAGAUCUGCAUCCAAUGUUUGUCCAAGUUGCUCUUCUUUCAAAGGGAGAUUGUUUUGGUGUGUCUUCAAUGGUGUUUGACGAGCAGCCCAGUCUUAGUCUGGUCAGCAAUGGUGCAGAAUGCAUUAUGAUCUCUAAGAAAUUUUACCUCGCUCAUUGCACUGACGCGAUGAAAAGAAGACUUCUUGUUACGGAAACACCUUAUCCUAACGAUGAAUCACUGCAAAAGAGCCUACAAGACAAAGUAAAUUGGGACGCAUACCGCCGUAAAACGCUGAAAACUCUCGUUCGUGAACUGCCAAGAAAACAAAGAAGAAUGGAUGAUCUAUUGGUCCACAGGAGAACAAAGCGAGACAUGUCCCUUGGGGAAGACUUGAAAGAAGCCCUUCGAAAAAUCCAGAGGAAAGAUGACGACACCUGCUGACGUCAUGAAAGAGAAAAGGGUCUGGGGACGAGAUUUUGGGAAAGUGUAAAAAUAAAUGAACAUUUGGGGAAUAAUUGAUUCUAGAAUUAUUUAACUUGCAAAUUUAUUUAAGAAAUAAACUGAGUUUCUUGUCA